UAUGAUCAGCUUGUAUUCCGUUAAGUAGUUAAAUCUCCCGGGUGUGUGGGAAUUGUUGAGGUUUUGACGUAAUUGUUACUCCAAUGACCGCUUUUAACGUUUCAACUCAACGUCAACGUAGAUUUCCAACGCAACGCAACCGUUGUACGCAAGCUAACGUCAACGUAAGAGCACACAGCAACGUACUCAUCUGUUCUGUGUUUGACGAAGCGAUGGAGUUUCCAGAAGAUUUCAACCAGCUCGAGCUUCUAAAUUCACAUGGAUAUCUGAUCCCCAGAGGGGCUGGCAGCCUGUGGACUGAAAGCAAGGACGAGGAGGAAGAGGGGGAAGAAGAAGAAGAAGAGGGGGAGCACAGCAAGGAGUGGUACGGAGAAAAAGAAGACACUCUCAAAGACAACCCGAAGGUGCUCUUUCUGUGGGCGGCAGAAAACCAACGCCUCGCCACCAUCCUCAGGUUAUUAGCCGCCGAUCCCUCGCUGGUGCGCUGCUGCGACGAGGACGGCUACACUCCGCUGCACCGCGCGGCGUACGGCGGCCACGUCGAUGUGGUUUCCGCGUUAGUCGCCGCGGGGUCAAAGGUCAACUCUCGCACCGCCGACGGCUGGACGCCGCUGCACAGCGCCUGCCGCUGGAGCCGCGUCGCCGUGGCGAGUUUCCUUCUGCGGCGCGGAGCCGAACUGAACGCCCAGACCAACGGCGGACUCACGGCGCUGCACCUGGCCGCCUCCCACAGGACUGACUGUCCACGCACGCUGGAGCUCCUCCUCUCUCAGCGCCACCUGCAGCCGGGGCUCCGCAGCGGCGGCGGGGAGACGGCCGGCGAGGUCGCCCGGCAUGCCGGCCCACAUCACUUCCUGUUUGAGAUGGUGGAUGAUUGCGUCAAUGUGCUACCAGCUCGUGGAUGAAUUGUACUUCUUGUGAGUGCAAUGGACAGCAGUUACAUGGAAGUGUUUUUUGCAUAUUUUAUAGAGAAGAUUUAGAGUUCAGCAUCGUAUCACUGGCCAUUCAUGACUUGAACUUGUGUAAAUAUGUGUAAAUGUGUGACACUGAUGCUGACUGCAGGCACUGGAUUUUAAUAAAGUAGCUUCAUCAAUGCAUAAAUCAAAGAGCUAAAGUGGAGUAUAAUUAAUCCACUAGAAAUUACAGUCGCCAGUGACAUUUUCUCCAUGCGCAACAAAGUUAUUAAAAAUAAAUAGUCCUAAAAUAAGUAGACUAAUUACUAUGAUUAUCAAAAUUGCUGUACUUGCCUAUACUGCUUGGUAAUUUAAUUUAUUUUAAAAAACGAUGUUGUUCAGAACUCUGAUUGUAGUAGUAAAGCGUAACAGACAUUGGUUAUGUAGUACAGAAUACGAGUCCAUGCUCUUGGUUAGAUUAGAAACAACAGUGGGGAAACUCAUGAGUGAUCAACAAGUCAUACAGACAACAAAUAGAAACAACAGACAAGAAACAAACAAAACCAGAAGACGCCCCAUAAAACGUGACCAUCAGAAAGAUGAUAAAUCUAAAAAAAACUAAAGUUGUUCAUUAAAAAACUAAACUGCUACUGGAAUGAAAGACCUCUUCAGUCACUCAGUGGAACACCGAGGCAUCCGGAGUCCCUCUAAAGACGAGAGGUUCAUAAGAACACUGAGGCAUCCUAAGUCUCUAAAGACAUGAGAGGUUCAUAAGAACACUGAGGCAUCCUAAGUCUCUAAAGACAUGAGAGGUUCAUAAGAACACUGAGGCAUCCUAAGUCUCUCAAAAGACAUGAGAGGUUCAUAAGAACACCGAGGCAUCCUAAGUCUCUCAAAAGACAUGAGCGGUUCAUAAGAACACCGAGGCAUCCUAAGUCUCUCAAAAGACAUGAGAGGUUCAUAAGAACACCGAGGCAUCCGAAGUCUCUAAAGACAUGAGAGGUUCAUAAGAACACCGAUGCAUCCUAAGUCUCUCAAAAGACAUGAGAGGUUCAUAAGAACACCGAGGCAUCCUAAGUCUCUCUAAAGACAUGAGAGGUUCAUAAGAACACCGAGGCAUCCUAAGUCUCUCUAAAGACAUGAGAGGUUCAUAAGAACACCGAGGCAUCCUAAGUCUCUAAAGACAUGAGAGGUUCAUAAGAACACCAAGGCAUCCUAAGUCUCGAAAGACAUGAGAGGUUCAGUAGAACACCGAGGCAUCCUAAGUCUCUAAAGACAUGAGAGGUUCAUAAGAACACCGAGGCAUCCUAAGUCUCGAAAGACAUGAGAGGUUCAUAAGAACACCGAGGCAUCCUAAGUCUCUAAAGACAUGAGAGGUUCAUAAGAACACCAAGGCAUCCUAAGUCUCUCUAAAGACAUGAGAGGUUCAUAAGAACACCGAGGCAUUCUAAGUCUCUAAAGACAUGAGAGGUUCAUAAGAACACCGAGGCAUCCUAAGUCUCGAAAGACAUGAGAGGUUCAUAAGAACACCGAGGCAUCCUAAGUCUCUCUAAAGACAUGAGAGGUUCAUAAGAACACCGAGGCAUCCUAAGUCUCUAAAGACAUGAGAGGUUCAUAAGAACACCGAGGCAUCCUAAGUCUCUCUAAAGACAUGAGAGGUUCAUAAGAACACCGAGGCAUCCUAAGUCUCUAAAGACAUGAGAGGUUCAUAAGAACACCUUCUUAUUUUCCUUCCUCAGAUAGUCAGGUUGCUAUGACAUUUUUCUGACUCACAAAACCUGAUGGGAACAUUUCACCAGAGAUGUGUUGUGUUAUUGUGAACACAACGUUAUGAGGCAGCGAAAUGUACCACUAACCUGUGUGUUUAUUAAAAAUCACAAUUACAAUCACUUA